AUUGAAUAUAUAUAUAUAUAUAUAUAAGAUCUAUAAAAUAAAGAAAUAAAAAUAAAAAUAGAUAGAGUAUACUGCCAAAUAUUCACAUCGGUAUCAAGUACAACAGAUCUUGAUCGAUACAAAAACUAAAUCGAUAUGGAAAAAAGUGGACCACCACAACCUGGUUUUGUUCCACCAGGUGGUUCAUCUCCACCCCCUCCUUACGCAGGUGGACCAUCACCACCACCACCCCAUCAAAAUGUGAUAAUCGUGACAAGUGAGGCUUUUGGGUCAGAAUCAAGAGUAAUGACAUGUCCACAUUGUAGACAAAAUAUAUCAACUCGCGUGGACACAGAAUCCAACACAAAGACGCAUUUAUUCGCUUUGUUGCUAUGCCUUGUCGGAUGCUGGCCCUGCGUAUGCGUCCCUUAUUGUAUGGAUACUUGUUUAGUGAAGAAACAUUAUUGUCCAUCUUGUGGAGUUUUCCUCGGAGAAUCUUCUAAUUGAUUCACUUUGCCAUUACACUAAUACAUGGCAUACUACUUUACGUUCAUUCUUUUGUUUAUUAACAUAUUCAGUUUUUUUUUUUCUUUUUUUAAUCGAGAACGUAUUUGAUUUUAUCUCUUCAUCGAUAAAUAAUUGCAUUUAAAUACGUUGUUGACUUGAAGGAAAACAAAUUCAAGCUAAAUAAAGCGAUACGUUUAUCUUUUUUCUUUAUUAAUUAUGAAGAACAUUGUGUCUUCGAACGGACCAAGUAAGAAAUAUCCUUUCGGAAAAUAUCUUAUCUAGAAACAACACAAUUUGAAAAUAUAAUUCAUUACGAAUAGGAUUUCCAUUGAUAGAAUUUCAUAUAUAUUUAUAUAUAUAUAUAAAUGAAUAAAUACAUUUUUCUUUUUUUUACUUAUAAUGUAUACCAACCAAAUUGUAUUUGAUUUUACGAUAUUGUGUUUUAACGAUUAAAAAUAAUAUUUUGUUAUAAUAUAUCGAUAA